CGGCCUGCGCUCCGGGGUAAGUCCCGGCUUAGGUCCCGGCUCAGGUCCCAGCGCUCCGAGUCACAAGGCCGGUAGGCAGGGGCGCCCAGCCGGCGAGCCGCAUGGAGCCGCGCGCCGGGGACGGCUGCUUCCUGGGAGAUGUGGGUUUCUGGGUGGAGCGCACGCCCGUGCAUGAGGCGGCUCAGCGGGGUGAGAGCCUGCAGCUUCAGCAGCUGAUUGACAGUGGAGCCUGUGUUAACCAAGUCACUGUGGACUCGAUCACACCCCUUCAUGCAGCGAGUCUUCAGGGCCAGGCCCAGUGUGUGCAGCUGCUGCUAGCAGCUGGUGCCCAGGUGGAUGCACGCAACAUUGACGGCAGCACCCCUCUUUGUGAUGCCUGUGCCUCAGGCAGCAUCGAGUGUGUGAAGCUCUUGCUGUCCUAUGGGGCGAAAGUCAACCCUCCUCUGUACACGGCAUCCCCGCUACACGAGGCCUGCAUGAGCGGGAGUUCUGAAUGCGUGAGGCUUCUUAUUGACGUUGGGGCCAACCUGGAAGCCCACGAUUGCCAUUUCGGGACGCCUUUACAUGUUGCCUGUGCCCGGGAGCAUUUGGACUGUGUCAAAGUGUUGCUCAAUGCAGGGGCCAACGUGAACGCAGCCAAACUUCACGAGACUGCGCUUCAUCAUGCAGCCAAGGUAAAGAACGUCGACCUCAUCGAGAUGCUCAUAGAGUUUGGAGGCAACAUCUAUGCCCGGGACAACCGGGGCAAGAAGCCCUCGGACUACACGUGGAGCAGCAGCGCCCCCGCCAAGUGCUUUGAGUACUAUGAAAAGACACCUCUUAGCCUCUCACAGCUCUGCAGGGUGAGCCUGAGGAAGGCCACCGGUGUCCGAGGACUAGAGAAAGUGGCCAAGUUAAACAUCCCUCCCCGGCUCAUCGACUACCUUUCAUACAACUGAGCUGCAGGCAGGGGGCCGGAAAGGCUGGUGACUGGCCCAGUUAUCACCUUGCUGUGCCUAGCCCUGGGCCUUAAAGAGUUCUGUCUGUUUCUCUGAAACACUAUCAUCGCUGUAGAUUGGUUGAUGCUCCUUCGUGUUCCUUCUGGUUGUCCUUUUUGAUAGCUUCUUCUGAACCCCAGAGAAGAUCUCUGAGGCACCAGGAGGCCAGUGUCCAGCAUCACAGUUGUGGCUGUAACCCUUGCUAGUCUUCUGGAACAAAUGUAGUCACUCUAGGAUGGGCUCAGUUCUCCGUGUUUCUCUUUUCACCGGCCACCCUCAAAUAGAGACAGUUCAAGGUGCACAGGGGAAUCUGGGGACUCAGAAUGCUAAUGUCGAUGGUUUUUAUCUGGGUGCCAUGCCACAGAAGCAUCAGGUUCCAAGCCCUUGAGCCUGUGGACUGGGACACCACGCUGCAGGCAUCGUGCCACUUGGAUUGUUUUUCUGGGGCAGCAGCUGGCACUUUCCAAGGUCUACCCACACCCAGGUAUAUCACUCAGGGGCUUUACAGGUCAGAGUUUGUACCCCCCACAUCAUGUAGUGGUUUUUUUUUUGGGGGGGGGGAAUGACUAUCUCCAAUAUUAGGACUCAAAUCUGUUAAAAAAGUUUAUGUUGGGGCCUGGAGAGAUAGCUUGGGGCUAGAGUUUAGUUCCCAGAACCCACAUAAGGCAGCUCACGAUGGCCCGUCACUUCAGCUCCAGGGAUCCAAAACCCUCUUCUUGCCUCCUCAAGCACUCAGACAUGUAUGUACACACACACACACACACACACAUACACACACACACACACACACAGAUAAAUAAAAUAAAAUCUUUAAAAAAGUUGGAGAACCUUUAGAUUAUAUAUAGAUGUGUAUCUAUAAAUAUAUACACAUACAUUCAUAUAUAUGCUGUAACAAGAUUUGUAAUGAGCAAUGCAAAACAAUAUAAACAAUAGCUAAUAUGAAAGUGCAAAACUUUAUCCAGAUGAGAAUGAGAUUCCUUAGCCAAGGCAGAAAAAGGGGACACAGUUCCUUCCUAUAGUAAUAACAAUGAGUCCUGUACAUUGUGGGUGAAAUACUAAGCCUUGCAUUCAGACUGAAUUUUCCCGAUUGACAUUCUAUAUUUUUAACAAUACUGAUAAUACCCCACAUACAAUAGAAAGAAUUAGAGAAUUUUCCAGUGGUCAUUCUAUACUGAGAAAAGCCACCUUCUUUCUGUCCGUCUUAGGUACAAGUUCUGAGGGGAUCCAUGUUUUUGCAUGGAUUAGUAAUAGCAAUCAUUUUCAGAAAGGCACUGGAGUCUGCCUCUUUCACCUUUGUAACAGAAUCUUGCCUCUAGCAAUAAAACCCCAUAACAGCCCACCUGUUAUAUCUUUUGGUAUAGAAUAAGGUUCUCUCAUCAUCAUUGUCCAAUA